AUGUCGCUUCCUCCAGAUCGCAUCAGCGUGAAGCGCAGACGGCAGGAAGAACCUGUCGAGGCGUUAUACCUUGAGCAAGUCACUGCCCCAGACAAGAAGAGGAGAGUCACGGAUUUCUACUUCAAACGCCUUCAGAACGAGGUCAUCGCCCCCGUUUCUCAGCGAGCCACCACUCCUCCCCAGGCCAUGUGGUCCGAGCCUCCCGCGCCCGGUGUUCCUCCAAUCCGUCUGACCUCUCCCGGGCAUGGUAAGAGAGACGCUGCAAAGUCCGGGGUUUCUCUGAGAGCAAAGAACAAUGCGUCUGGAAAAGAGAAGAGCGAGGCGCCAGACUCUGCCAGCCCAAGAUCCGGAAGCAAGUCAGCCCCGACUACACCGGCCGUAAGCCAAGCUCUGCAGCAAGCCCGCCGCUUCCAUCUCACUCGUCACCUCUCGUCAGUCCUUGGGCCAAGUGCUUCUGGCGGGAUUCGGAAAUCCAAGAACCUUAUCCGCCCUCCUCUCGCCACCUUUGUUGAAAGACACACGCCCAUUUUCGACCACGAGCAGAACCCGCUGUACCGUGAUAAACCCGUUGACAAGGUGUUGGACAUUCAACAAGGCGAUGACGCAGGGGAUGUGAAGUCCGAUGGACUCGGAGAGCCGACCCUUGAAGCCUUGAAAGCAUGCAAACGAAACCCGACGAGCACGUUUGUUCAGACAAGUUCUAAGGCAGCAAGGAAUGGAACCUCCAUCAAAGACCACCCAAGUACGUGGGAUCUCGAAUCUGAUCAACUUGCAGACGAGCUGGCCGCAUUUGCAAUGGAGCUCGAUCCGGACCUGCAGCAACAGGCUGAAAAAGGGCAUCCUGCAGUGCCUCGGCCCGAACCCCCGGACACUGUGAUGGCGUCUCACGAUCGAGAGGACGAUUACGUCUACGAGACUUAUGUUCGGGUAGAGUACGAUGUGCAAGUACAUGGCCCAGGCACUAGCACGGGUCUCCAUCCCAACUAUGGAAUCCUCGUCAUCGACGAAGAAGAUGAGGACUUGUGGCAAAAAUACAUUGAUAGUGACGAUGACACUGAUUGGGAUGAAGAAGACUCGAAUGCUGAGGACAAUCCCGCCAAUGACUAUCCAGAAGAGGAAGUCAGCUCAGAUGAUGAGUACGGGUAUAACCCGUACAAAUAUCGCACUUAUGGUUCUGAUCAAGAAGACUUUGAUGACGACCACACUUUCGAUAACAGACGGUGA